AUGUCGGUGGCAAAAGCUUCUGCGAUUACUGCGGCAUUUGUCGCUGAUGGCUGUCGCGGGGUGUCAGCGAAGAACCUAGCCGGUUCUGCCAGGAACAGGGAUUUUUGGCGAUGGAUGAGGUUACCUUUUCAACCUUAUACGGUGAAAUUGCCACUUCUGGCGAGAAACUCCCUUGACAAACACAUCGUGUAUGAGCCCGUCGCCAUGAUUCUCCCGACUGACAUGAUCGAACAGAUGUACAAGAAGAAAGCCUUUGGUGUUAGCAUCUUUGGCCCGUCAGGCAAAACCAGCUUGAAAGAAUACUGGCAGGCUGAAGAUCAAUCUUGGAUAAACGAUAUAGGAUUGACUCCAGCGGCAUUCGACACCUGCAUACCUAUGUUUUGGCAUGAGGACUCGGUGCCAUCCUUCAAAGAUGAAAGUUAUACCUUUUGGUCGUGGACAGCUUUGAGCGAGCUGGGAUCAUGGCAAAUUAGAGUCUGCUUGGUUGGAUUGGCAUCCUCCAGGGUGGUGCCGGAAACAAAAACCGCCAUCAUGAAGGUGUUGGCAUGGAAUCUUCGAUAUAUGGCAGAAGGACUUCAUCCCACUGUUGACGAGAACGAAAUGCCGUGGCCAAACGGGUCGAAACGACAACUGAAGUCGGGAACACCUGAGCACUGCCUCAUGGAGAAGGUAUGGUCGGGCAAUCUUGGACUCCGAAGACCAGUCGCACUGGAAGGCAGUGCCUGGCUAUCGGAGGUCCAGAGCAUGCACAUUCUCCACCUCGGCACAUUGCGGGAUGUCAUCGCGAGUGUGCUCGUGGACUACCUGCAGUCGAGGGACCUCCACAGGUUUGUUGGGCUCGGAGAUGACGCACCAUUCGACGAUGUCUUGCAUCGGUUUACGCACGAUGCAAAGCGAUGGGCUCAUGAUCAUCAUCAGGAGCUCAGCAUCAAACCGCUCAAUCGGGCGAUGCUGGCUCUGCCUGCUAAGUCAGAAACACCGCUGGUUUACCCGGAGCUCACCAGCAGGAUCAAGGCGGCCAGGGUCAAAGUCCUGCUGAUGUACCUCACACACGAGGCAGAGCUCGACGACUGCGACGCCGAAGUGUUGUUUCUCAGACAGGCAGGGCAACUGCAGGAGCCAGCGCUGGACCAGUGGCACCAGGACCCGCGGGCCUCGCCGUGGUGGGAACACGCACGCAGUGCAUUGGCUGCAUCGGAUCCAGUUCUCGUCACUACUUUCGUGGACUCCUUCGUUGCGGCAACUACACUCGCGGGUGAACCACUGCCUUCUGAGCUGCUGGCCGAGGCAUCUGCGCUCCCGCCCAACACCUCAGUGCACCUUGGCUGGGUCGCGCGCAACCUGCUCCAACCGGAUGGGUACAUCACAGCAGCCUGCCAGGAGGUCUGCCUCCAACUCUUCGGAGGCCUUGAGCUCCCCACCCAGCUCAGCCGGUUUUCCGAUGCCUUCCGUACGGCGGAAGCGUUGCCUGCACAUGAGGCGGUUGAGGAGCGCAUCCCGGCGGAUGCCGCUCUCGCAAGUGCGGCGAUCGCGGCCCGGUGCCAGGAGCGAACCCGACCGCACGGGGGCUCCGGCCACCCCUGCACUGAGCAGGCCGCCGAGCCUGCCACCGCUGCAACGGGAGCGGUAGCGCGUGGCCAGGGACGCGCCCGAGGCCGUGGGCGCCGAGGACGCGCUCAACGGGUUCCCGGCAUCGAAGCUGGGGUGCGACGUGGGCUCGCGCAGCUUCACGAGCUCGAUUUACCCGCUGAGCUCCGCCGUCGUGUCCUCACGCUGCAAGGAGCUCCGCGUAAGCUGCGCGGCACUUUGCGUUUUGCUCUCCGCACUGGCCUGAGCACGGCGCUCGACUCAAGGGAGCCCCUUCUCCGUGAGGCGGCGGGGACUAGACCGGCAGGGCAGGCCCGCCCAACGACCACUGCAGAGCCUGUCCGGGCCGCCCGAGCUGCCCACUUGGUCCAACUUGGCGAACUUUCUGCCGCCGCGCGCGCCCUCACGGCCGCGCCGCAGCCUCACUCCGCCUGCCCCCUUCCCGAGUCCGUUCUACUCGGGUGCCUCAGGGGCGCGCGCCGCGGAUCGGCUGCCGGCCCCUCUGGUGCUACCAACGAGCAUCUGCGCUUGCUCCUCGAUGAGCCGGCAGAUGGCGCGCUGCUCCACCGAGCUGCCGAGCGCCUGGCCAACGCAGACGUGCCGGAGCAAGUCCUCGCGGCCGUGCGGCUGGGACGCAUGGUUGCUCUGCGAAAGCUAAAUGGCCGUGUGCGGGCGCUCGUUGUUGGUGAUGUGUCUUGCGGCGUCUAG